CUUUUUCUUUUUAUUCUUAGGUUUUUUUUUUGCUUUUCUUUUUUGCUUUUUAUCCCCUUCCCUAUUUUCUUUUUUCUAUUUCAACGUUGCGGGGAGGGGUCAUGGUCUUUCCGCGCCGCGAGGUGUGGGACAGAUUAUCUUCUUGGGGGGUUCUCUUUCCCCCGGGAGGUUAUCAUCAAUAGUAUAUCCACAUUAUCAUAUGCUUCCUAGGUACCUACCUACGUAGAGAGGUACUUUCUAGCGCUAUACGUUAGGAUGCCCUAGAUCAUUAUACCAGGAUGCCUGACCUAACUCCACCCGGCCGAGAAAGAUAUUGAACUAUUUUCGCCUUUGCAGCCCAAGCUCGACUCCUACCCUAGCCUCCAAAUAUGUACCUAAGCACAACCCAAAUAGGUUUGUAAUCUACGCCACUCCGAUGCGGACACGAAGAAAACGAACCCGAGAAUCCCUGCUUUGAGCCUCAAAAAAAAUACUCGUUCUCCCCUCGGACCCCUCCUCCCAAACUCGCUAAGGCAGUAGGAAUAGGUGGCAGGCAAUACCUUACCGGGUACCCAGGUAAUGGCACUCACGAGCCGCAUCUCCUUGCAAGGUCCUCCCACCUCAGAACCCGAGGAUUUUCUGAGCUCUUCGUUGGGCGUCAUCUUCCCGGACGAUGUGACGAACCAACAUGGGGACGCGGAGCACUCGCUCGCGUAUGCCUCCCCGCACUUGCCUCGGCCCCUGCAUAUCGCCCUCUCGGACCCGGAUCAAGAGAAUGAUCGAAAGCUCUUCUCCCACUACCUGUGGAACGCAAGUCUACUGCUCGCCGAGUUUAUCGAGGCCGGUUCCUUACGCUUGAAUUUAGAUGUCAACAGGGGGGAACUCGAAGCGUCUAACUUUGAUGUCGCCGGACUCACGUGCCUGGAGCUGGGUGCCGGUACUGCGCUCCCGAGCCUCAUGGCCGCACUCUUGGGCGCCACGGACGUGGUUGUCACAGAUUACCCUUCCGAGACUGUGCUAGCUACUCUACGCAAGAAUGUCGCGGCAAACGCUAAGCUUGAGCACUCGCCUCGCCACACCCUUGCGCCCACGAUAGUGAACGGGCACAGUUGGGGAGAACUCACCACGCCUUUUGCGACGGCGCACCAGGCCCGCUUUGAUCGCGUGUUCGUGUGCGAUUGCCUGUGGAUGCCGUGGCAGCAUACGAACCUCCACCGAUCCAUCGCCUGGUUCCUCAAGUUCAAAUCCGCCUCCUCGUCCGCGCGAGCCUGGGUCGUAGCGGGUUUCCACACCGGCCGCGCCAAGAUGCGGGGGUUCUUCGAGCCUACCGCUCUCGUAGAGGCCGGCCUUGAAGUUGAGGCGCUCUGGGAGCGCGACUGCGAUGGCGUCGAGCGCGACUGGGUCUGGGACCGCGGACAGGAGGACGUUAGCGAGCGGAAGCGUUGGCUUGUCGUCGGGGUGCUUCGGCGGAGGGCGGAGAGAGUUGAAGGAUGAGUUGCGAGAAUAUAGGAUGGUGGCAUUAUGAUGGUCUAGAUCAUACUCUAACAUACAUUCCUUCAGGCAUUCAUUUGCUCGAGGAGAGUCGGACCGAACUGCGUCUCGAUCGAUCGACUUUGAAGUCAUGAAGGGGUGUUCCGGCGUCGAUUUUAAAUCGUAAAUACAUUAGAGUACUAGUUCUAGACAUAUUGCUUAGUUACAUAAGCACUGGAUGUAUAUAUGUAUUACUUGGUAUUGAUAUCCAUGAAUGAUACUCGGGGAACAAUGGAGGUAGAUAUGGGCUAUCGCGGGCGCGCCCUUGCGUAGCAUAGUAUCUGCUCUCGAAAGGAGCACUACUUAAUUACGUCUAAUGGUGAACGAAGUACCAUAUUUACGCACCAAGAAUAGUCGAAGGUUGGCAUAUCCAGUC